GAAAUGAAAGAAAAGCAAUGUAAGCAGAAGAAGUGGGUUUUAUGUUUAGCUUGAACGUACUUUGAUAAUGAAAUUGUAAUGUUAAACUUAGGUUAUAGAGAAAUGAAAACCUCAAACCCAGAUGUGCAAAAAUGAAAAGCUUGAACAAACAAGGUUAUGUACUUCUUCUAGUUGAACGAUUUUGAAAACUACACCCUAUAUGUUUUAAACAGAAACUGGACUUGAAAAAGAUGUGUGAUGAAGGAAGAAGUCUGACUUUUUCACAAGAAAAACGUGGACAGCUGAGGCUGAACCUCACGCCAGGGAGGAGCCCAAAAAGAGCUCAGCUACCACCCUCUGUCCCUGGAUUAAGUUACAAAGUUCCUUCUGAAAAUUGGCUUACAAAAAGCAAACAAACUCCCGGGAAACUAAAGAUUUCUCCUAAAGAGACAUAUGAUUUUACUGCCGAUGACUUGGAAGAUCUUGGAGAGAUUGGUCGAGGAGCAUUUGGAACAGUCAAUAAAAUGACUCACAAAAAAAGUAACCUUACAAUGGCAGUCAAGAGAAUCCGAUCAACUGUUGAUGAAAAAGAACAGAAGCAGUUGCUCAUGGAUUUAGAGGUGGUUAUGAGAAGCAAUGAUUGUCCUUUUAUUGUCCAGUUUUUUGGAGCAAUAUUUAAAGAGGGAGAUUGCUGGAUCUGUAUGGAACUGAUGGACUCAUCGGUAGACAAGUUUUACAAGUUUGUGUAUGAAAAAAUGUAUCGGACAAUCCCAGAGUAUAUUCUAGGCAAAAUUACAGUAGCAACUGUUAAAGCCCUCAAUUAUCUGAAGGACCAUCUUAACAUUAUCCACAGAGAUGUGAAACCUAGUAACAUCUUACUUGAUAAACGAGGGAACAUCAAACUGUGUGACUUUGGUAUUAGUGGUCAGCUCGUGGACUCCAUAGCCAAAACGAGGGAUGCAGGAUGUAGACCUUACAUGGCACCAGAGAGAAUUGACCCAAGUCGAGCACGAGGUUACGAUGUCCGGUCUGAUGUGUGGAGUUUAGGAAUAACUUUGAUUGAAGUUGCUACUGGGAAGUUUCCCUACCCCAAGUGGAACAGCGUUUUUGAACAACUCACCCAAGUCGUGCAGGGAGAACCUCCACGGUUAAAUCUGUACGAGAACGGAAGGGCCUUUUCUAAGGAUUUUGUGGCCUUUGUGAACACUUGCCUAAUCAAGGAAGAACAACAUCGACCCAAGUACAAGAAACUUUUGGAACAUCGGUUCAUACAGAGGUCAGAACUGGAGCUUGUAGAUGUCGCCACUUACUUUGCUCCCAUCCUUACCGAGAUGGAGUGUAGAAGCUAAACGAACAAAAGAAAACUUUUGUGUACCUGGCAGAACUCCAGAAGUCCCAGAGAUGGCUGGCUAGGUUAGACUGUGCAUUGAUCUAGAAUACCAUCUAGCACUGGCAUCCAUCCCAUAGGAAUUUAGACUUCAUUAUAUAAACCCAUGCUCGGAUAUUUUCUUACACAUCAUGGCAGGGCUAAUUCGCCAUCCUCAUUCUUACCUGUUUUCACUAACUCCUCGGUGGUUAAGGUCAAGAAACUAGAAAAACUGAAAGUACAAGUUAGGGUUAGUGGCUGUUUGUAAAGCUAACGUGUAGGAAGGAAGCAUCAUCAUCAACUUUGUGGUUGUCAGCGUGUGGUAAUUUCUGACAGUGCGUGAAAGAUAAAUGUAUCAAACGUAAUCACCAUUUGGAUAGAACUUUACCCGCCAGACUGCCUCAGAAAACGGCACUCUUUCAGCCUCGUGAUAAAAGAGUUAUUAGAAAUGAAGCCCAAAUAUUGGUACAGGAAGAGCUCACUUGACAGAUUUGAUUGUUUUUCUCCUAACCCUUACGAGGGACAUUAAUACACAUCUUCGCCGUUUUUCUUAAUUUCCCUUGAAUUAAUCGGUGUAUAGGAACUGAAGAUUAGAGGAAAAAAAAACCUGAUUAUCUAGUAGCAUAGUUACUUCAUACAUACCAUUUUAAUAAACAAAAAAUAUGUGUCGAUACGCGUGGUUGUAAGUGUAGUGGAACUCUUCUUUUUAACGAUACUUUCUGCUGUUAAACGUUUAGAAAA